AGCCCAACCAAAAUGAGGCGGCACCGACUGAUUGGAAAUAUACCACGAGCAAACCAGCAAUCCCCAGUACCCAGGAUUGCUCAAGAACACAUGGUCUGCUCUGAGCUGCACCUCAGCUGUAUCGGCCAUCGAGCCUUGUCCGCCUUGCAUUGGAACUUGGCGUAGUAGGCGUCCAGCUCAGAUACAAAGCUCCCCGUACAACGGAGAUUAUCUUGCUAUAUCCACUCAAAGGAUUCAGUAUCUAUGAUCCUUCAAUCACGAUGGCUUCAAAGCAAGGACUUGUUCAGGAUGGUGUCUACCCACUCGGCCACAUCUGGUCCUUUGCGCCACUGUUACCACAGCGCAAUUUGUCUUUCGAGAACCCCUUGUGGACUUUUCCGAUACCAGCAAUGCAUUUCGGUUACAGUCGCACAGCGCUAAGAAGCGAGUUGCAUUCUCAGGCACCUCCGAGUGUGGACCACACUUUGUCUCUAACGUCCUCAGUGUCGUCGCUUUUUUCUUCAUCAGCACGCAGGGGUUCGGAAGCAAGAGCAACAACGGCCAACGAGCGGGCCGAAUGGGGCAGCAGAAAACCCAAAGGGUCAACGGCGAAAUUGAGCGGUCCAGUUGAUACAGUACGGCCAAGUCUCAGAUCAGCCGGAUCAGAGGGGUUACCAACCAAUGCCGUCCUUGCCGGAUCACGGGUGAAUGCUAAUUCGCCUUCGAUCUAACCGUCUGUUCCUCUGCUCUGCGUAUCGCCGCCGACGAAUCCCCAUAAGCAUGGUGUUCGGUACGACUUCCAUUAACGGUCGCAGGCGGUACCUGCCGCGGGUACGCCUGCCUCCUCCAAAGACUUGUUAGCUGGUUCGAGACGAAGAACGGCACGUCCAGUGCUGCUGUUUCAGCCGUUCUAC